UUGUGCACUGACACCUGGUUGAGACCCGUAGUGGGAAGAACACUAGCCCCUACACCCAGGAGCAACAAGAGAAGAUGGCCUCCUCAGUGAGAGAAAAUAAGGAAAGAAAGUUGAAGGCGAUUGCUGAGGAGCAGGCGGCGAAGAGGAAGAAAUUGGAGGAAGAGAUGAUGAGGAUUCAGCAGGAGGAGGAAGAAAAGAGAAAGGCUGCCGAAGAGGAAGCAGCAGAAGAAGAAGAAAAGGGGAGAAGACAUAUAGAGGAGAGAGGAGAAAGCAGUGGCACGACAAAUGAGGAUGCCGCAAUGGAGAAGAAGAUCAGCGAGUGGAUAGCUAAUUUAUCGUUGGGGGAGGAUGAGGAGGCAGAGUUUUAUGUACCCCAAGAUGAGAGGGAUACGUUAGCCCAGGAGCUAGCAGCAAUGGAUGGCCCCCUGGAAAGACAAGAAAGAGAGGAGGAGAAAAAGUUGGAGUGGAAAUUGAGAAUGAAGAGGGAGAAGAAGAGAAGGAGGGAUGAGGUUAACAGGUUGACCGCAGAGGUGGCGAAGGUGAAGGAUUGUAGGCAGGAGGUGGAGGCUCAGGCAGACGACAAGGCCAAAUGGGAUAAGGUGUUGGGGUACCUGGAGGUGUUGAGCGCAAAUUGGAUGGAGGAACGCCAAGCCAAUAGAGCUCAAGAGGUAGCCCUGAAGGCCAUGCGGUCCGGUUUUCGGAGUUUGCGCGCGAGAUGGUUACCCACGUUGGAGGGGAAGUCAGGCGAUUGAGAGACAAGGUGGGGAAGUUCUGUGAGGGUGCCAUUGAGGGCGCCAAAGUAGUAGCCGCUGCUGAGGGCGAGGCCAGACCUCGC